UGGGGAGGGUUUACUGAACUGAGCCACUGUCUACAAGAUUGAGGGAUGAAAGGGGCAAUGUUAGGGUGGCAGUUAAGAAAGUGAGAAUUAUAACAUGAACUCAUGAUUGUAGAGGGUCGAGAACAAAAUCAAAAUAGCUUGUCCCAUUGAUGUUUGUAUUUUCAGGCUGCUCUUUCCUCUGCCAGCUUAGAUUUCAUUUCUCGAUUGGGUUUUGAGACUACCAGCAAUAAACAAACACGCACUGUGUCUGCUGGAUCUCUCUGUUGAAUGGCUGUGUAAAAGCACAGCCCCGACGCUGUGGGUGACAUGCGCUGAAUCCUGUGAUCUGACCGUGUUACUUGUGAACGGCCCGGCGGAGCUCAGCUGGAGUUUCUAGGACAACCUGGGAGAGCGGAGCCCGGGGAAAUGCGGCUCCGGCAUCACCACUAGCAGACCGUGGGCAGCAACCAGGGCCAAGUCCGUCUCUGGGAAUAAAGCCGCCCGUGUGCUCGGAUCGCUAGCCAUGCCAUCGGUUAUGCUCCCACUCCAAAACACCUUGCGGCUGUGGACCUGAACCGGGAGGAGAUUCCCCACCGUGUUUGAAACCGAGACCGAACUCAACUUGAAACGGAGGAGACAGGAGAGAGUCCGGCUAUAGUGACUGAACCUUCUGGGUCUUUCCUCUUGCCAUCUGGGGUGCUGCCAUCAUGUGUGAAACAGGGAACAUAUCAAAUGAGCCCACAAGCCCAUUAUCAUACUAUGGCGAGUCAUCUGAUUCAUACUAUCGCGUAGACCGCUGGCAAAAACUCCGAACAGCUGUCAGGAAGCUAGAGUUCUGGGAAAACUUCAGUGCUGAACUGGCAGGAUGUGGGUUCUUUUCUAACGUCUACAAAGUGACUCACAACACAACUCACAAAGUUAUGGUGGUAAAAAUCUACAAGCAGGAUGUUGACCAGGAUGUCAUUGUACGGGAGAUCAGCCUUCUUCAGAAACUUUCUCAUCCUAAUAUAGUCAGGUACCUUGGUGUGUGCGUUAAAGAAGAUAAACUGUAUCCUAUGCUUGAGUAUAUUAAUGGUGGAUGCCUAGAAGAAUUACUGGCCAAUAAAGAGGUUAACCUGACUUGGAAGGAAAAAGUGGAUCUCGCAGCCGACAUUACUCGAGGAAUGGCGUACCUACACUCGAAGAAUAUUUAUCACAGGGACUUAAACUCCAAGGUUAUCCAAGGGGACCAUGAAGAUGAUCUUACUGGAAUUGAAGAUUACACUGUCCAGUGA